AUGUCACGUGUACCUAAAGACUCAACGAGCACCAACAGCAGCAACAGCAACAACAACAACGACAACAGCGACAACAACACGUACACCGCAAACGGCCGCGCGUUUGUCGCGUCUACGAACUCCUACACUCCACCCCCGUCGCUGCCUCAACCUAUACACAACUACUACCCUUCUGUUGGGGAGAACGGGGCGGUCAGACGCUCGAAGGGGAAGCACCCUCAACUAGGAAGCCCCAUGGACCCCAGCGGGGCUCAGCUGCUGAGCGGCAAUAACCCUGGGGUUCCUUUACCUCCCCAGCAACACGUGCAGCAAGAUCCUCAUCUCCAAUACAUGGGGUCUAAAUACGCACCCAAUUUACCACCCAGAUAUUCCCCGCCGUCUGGGGAGGGUGAGACCGGGGAUGUCCCGGAGGAUCCGCCGUACUACGUACAGGAUCUCUCCAGAACUCGGACAUUAGACUACCACUCCAUUCUCUUCUGCAGUUAA